ACUGGCAGGCGGGCAAGAAGGGAGUCCGGGCGGCGUCCGGCGUGGGAGCCGCGGGACCACCAUGGUAAAGAAGCGGAAAGGCCGUGUCGUCAUCGACUCGGAUACGGAGGACAGCGGCAGCGACGAGAACCUGGAUCAGGAGCUCUUGUCCCUGGCAAAACGGAAGCGCAGUGACUCUGAGGAGAAGGAGCCACCCGUGAGCCAGCCUGCAGCUUCGUCAGACUCGGAGACGUCCGACAGUGACGAUGAGUGGACAUUUGGGAGCAAUAAAAAUAAGAAGAAAGGAAAAGCCAGAAAAAUAGAGAAGAAGGGAACCAUGAAGAAGCAAGCCAACAAAACUGCCUCCUCAGGCAGUUCAGACAAAGACAGCUCGGCUGAGAGCUCAGCACCCGAGGAAGGUGAAGUGUCAGAUUCUGACAGCAACAGCUCCUCUUCUAGCUCCGACUCAGACUCAUCCUCAGAGGAUGAAGAGUUCCAUGAUGGCUAUGGAGAGGAUCUCAUGGGAGACGAGGAAGACAGGGCUCGACUAGAACAGAUGACAGAGAAGGAGAGAGAGCAAGAACUGUUCAACCGCAUAGAGAAGCGGGAGGUGUUGAAAAGAAGGUUUGAAAUCAAGAAAAAACUAAAAACAGCCAAAAAAAAAGAAAAAAAAGAAAAAAAGAAAAAGCAAGAAGAGGAGCAGGAGAAGAAAAAGCUGACACAAAUUCAAGAAUCUCAGGUAACAUCCCACAACAAGGAACGACGUUCCAAGAGGGAUGAGAAACUAGAUAAGAAAUCUCAAGCCAUGGAGGAGCUGAAGGCAGAGCGAGAAAAACGGAAGAACAGAACAGCUGAGCUCCUCGCCAAGAAACAGCCAUUAAAAACGAGUGAGGUGUACUCCGACGAUGAGGAGGAGGAAGAGGACGACAAGUCCAGUGAAAAGUCAGACCGUUCCUCCCGAACAUCCUCAUCUGACGAAGAAGAAGAGAAAGAAGAGAUCCCUCCAAAAUCACAACCAGUCUCCCUACCUGAGGAAUUGAAUCGGGUUCGAUUGUCACGGCAUAAGCUAGAGCGUUGGUGUCACAUGCCCUUCUUUGCAAAAACUGUCACAGGAUGUUUUGUUCGGAUUGGCAUUGGAAACCACAACAGCAAACCAGUUUACCGGGUGGCUGAGAUCACAGGUGUGGUGGAAACUGCCAAAGUUUACCAGCUUGGUGGCACCAGAACAAACAAAGGGCUACAGCUGCGGCAUGGCAAUGACCAGCGAGUGUUCCGCCUAGAGUUUGUCUCAAACCAAGAAUUCACCGAAAGUGAGUUCAUGAAAUGGAAAGAAGCGAUGUUCUCUGCUGGCAUGCAGUUGCCCACUCUAGAUGAAAUUAAUAAGAAGGAGUUAUCUAUUAAAGAAGCUCUCAAUUAUAAAUUCAAUGAUCAGGACAUUGAAGAGAUUGUAAAAGAAAAAGAAAGAUUCAGGAAAGCUCCACCCAACUAUGCGAUGAAGAAGACUCAGCUGCUAAAGGAAAAAGCCAUGGCUGAGGACCUCGGGGAUCAGGACAAGGCCAAACAAAUCCAAGACCAGCUCAACGAGCUGGAGGAGCGCGCAGAGGCCCUGGACCGCCAGCGGACCAAGAACAUAUCUGCUAUCAGCUACAUCAACCAGCGGAACCGGGAGUGGAACAUUGUGGAGUCUGAGAAGGCCCUUGUGGCUGAAAGUCACAACAUGAAAAACCAGCAGAUGGAUCCCUUCACCAGGCGGCAGUGUAAGCCCACCAUCGUUUCCAAUUCCAGAGACCCGGCUGUUCAAGCUGCCAUCUUAGCCCAGCUCAAUGCGAAAUAUGGCUCUGGAGUGUUACCCGAUGCUCCAAAGGAAAUGAGCAAGGGCCAGGGAAAAGACAAAGAUUUGAAUUCUAAGUCAGCCAGUGACCUCUCAGAAGACCUGUUCAAAGUCCAUGAUUUUGAUGUGAAGAUUGAUUUACAGGUUCCCAGCUCAGAGUCCAAGGCUCUGGCCAUCACCUCCAAGGCCCCGCCAGCCAAGGAUGGAGCUCCACGGAGAUCUCUGAACUUAGAGGACUACAAAAAACGACGAGGGCUUAUUUGAGCGCACCCAGCCUGCUGCCUCCAACCCUGCAUGCCCCACCGGUGUCCCACCUCUCCUCUCCUCUUUUCCUUUGGUUUGCCCUCUGUGGGCUGGAGCAGCAGUAGAACUGGGAAGAGACUCUGAACUGCCAGUCAUCUGUAAUAUAAACCAUUCUCUGUAUAGACCUCCCUUGUCUCCACCAACCCCUAGGCCCCACCCAGUGUGGAUCUGGGCUGUCUCGGGUUUUCCAGGUCUUUAGAUUUGUGUUUUGCCGGUUUUGGUUUUGUUUUUUUUUUUGUUUGUUUUGUUUUCUGGUUUUGGUUUUUCUUUAACCAGCACAGUUCAUUGGCCACUCUGCACACAUUCAGUAUUACCAUGGAGCUGGGAUUCUUGCUGGACCCCUGGUGGCAAUAGCAGCAGCGCUGGACAGUCUCCCUCCAGACUGCCGUGGGCCCAUCCGUCGACCAUUUGGCGCCCGACCCUUUCAAGGGAGUGGAGAUGAGGCACCGUAACCCUCCUUCCUAUCUCUCCCUUCUUUCCCUCUCUGUGGAAGAGGCAUUUUCAAAACCAGUUUAGUUUCCAAAAAGUGUACAUUUGUGGGGAGGGGGGGGGUCUAAUUUGAGAGUGAGUG